AUGGAAACGGAAGGAGACACCGUGACGCAAGUCAUUGCAAAUCAUCCAAUGAAUCCAAAGCUGACAGAUGAAUCAAUUUAUCGACGACGAAUUUCAAUUGUUCGAGAUUUCGCCUUGAAUACAACAACUCAUGGUAUUCCAGGCAUUGCUCGAAGUCGAAGUAUACAAAAUCGUCUCUUCUGGUCACUGGCAUUUAUGACAUUCGCUGGUGCUAUGUUAUAUUUUAUUAUUCAAGCGAUUCGUACCUAUUUCGAUUAUCCAACACAAACAACAGUGAGUAUUACUAGUGAACGCAUACAAUUCUUUCCAGCAUUGACUAUUUGUAAUGCUGGUGGAAUUCGUGCCGAUGCAAUAUUCAUGCCAUUUUCCAAUUAUGUUGGGAAUUUCAAUAGUACGACUACAAGCGAUUAUCUACCAGUAUUCAAUCAAGCAGAUUUUAUCAGGUUAUUUUUCCCAAAACUGAUCAAUGAAAAUGGAUCAAUAGAUCAAUAUGUGUUUACUUUGAAUUCGAUGCUGAUAGGCUGCGAAUAUGCUGGAACUCCAUGUUCAGUCAAAGAUUUCAUUGAAUUCGAUUCUUUUGAAUAUGGACGUUGCUAUACAUUUAAUGCUAAAACGAAAAAUGGUAGUGUGCGUCCCAACUAUGAUAUAGACAGUACUGGCAAAUUGAUAUUACGUCUCUAUCUUUAUGCUCAUCAAUAUGUACCUUAUGGUGUCGAAGGUGUAGCCAUGAUGGCCAUGGUUCAUGACAAUACACAAUUACCUCUUAUUGAAAAAGCAGGCAUGGCCUUAGCACCAGGUUUUCAACAUCGAUUGGUCUAUACAAAAAGAGAUAUAUUUUUUUUACCGCCACCUUAUUCAACAUGUACGAACGACAUUCCUCCUGUUAUGAAAUUUAUGUUCGAAAAAUAUGAAGGAGCCGAGUAUGCUUAUUCAGAAGAUCUUUGCCAUAUCCUUUGUGCACAAGCGUAUAUUUAUGAGCAAUGUAAUUGUGUUAAUCCUGCACAAUGGAAUGCUCGUUCAAUACUUUUACCUGGAACAAACGAAAUUAUUAUGGCACCAUUGUGCAACACAUCCAACAUUUGUUUUAAACAAGCUAUACAUGACUUUGAUUUGACACAUUCGAUUCGUGAUCGAUAUUGCUUCAAUUGUCUACAACAAUGUUCCAUUACGAAUUUUGCUGUAAAAUCGUCGUUAUCGAUUGCACCACCGGAAUGGCUCAUACCUGAUAUUAGAGCAUUCGUUGAAAAUUCAUCAGUUCCGUUGCCAUUGGAUUGGUCGAAUCGUUGGUCUGAGUAUAUUCAUUCAAGUUAUCUGUCGCUGGAACUUUUAGCUGAAUCGAGUUUGAUUGAAACUUAUACACAAACGCCAACAUUGAAACUCGUCGAUCUUAUUUCGAAUGUUGGUGGACAAACAGGUCUUUGGAUUGGAAUUAGUUUUCUUUCUUUAAUGGAAUUGAUCGAAAUGCUCUAUCGGCUGAUCAGAUUCCAAAUUCAUCUUUCUCGAUCAGUUGCUAUUGAAGAUGAAAACCAGAAUAAACCCAAACAAUAG